AUCCAACCAAGACAUAUCAUAGGACAACUGAGAGUAUUAGGAAUACAAAAUGUUGGUGUCAAGCAUGUUUGUAAUGGCGAUUUGUUGUCUAGCUUCUGGAGAUGAAUGUUCAGUGAAUGAUGGUUCUUGUAAUGUCAACAUUAAUUUUCAAAGAAAACAGUCAGAAGUUAUUGCGUUCCAUGCUCGCAUGUCGACUGUUGUUCGGUCUCUUGCUGUUCGUCAAACGCUGAUUUUCGAUACAAAUAUAUCCAAUCAUGGCGACGGAUACAAUAAAGCGACAGGUAUAUUCACAGUUCCCAAAAGUGGUACCUACGUAUUUGUCUGGGUUAUCCGUAUGCAUACAGCUGAGCAUUCCAUCGAGCUUGUGAUCAACGACACAGUAUUUGGUUCAACCUUUCUACGGGCUAAAAAUGGAGACGAUGGUUCAGUAAGUAAUACAGUCGUUGUGGAUGUUGCAAGGGGCGAUAAUGUAUUUGUUCGUAACCACGGUUCCUUGGCUGGAGAUGGCAUCAUUAACAACAAUCAGCAUGGCAAAUCAACAUUCUCUGGUUGGCGUUUGGGAUAAAUGGUUUACAUCACAAACAGAUGCACGCUAGAGAGACGCAUGUUAUCUAACUUAAUAAAAGAUUAUACCCUAGAUAUAAAGAGAGCUUGAUCUUUUUGAAUUAAAGAAGGGAUGCAUUUGAAAACAAGGUUAUCCAUACAAACAUCUUAUAUUU